GUUGGGGCCGACGGCUGCGUGCGGAACUGCGAAGCUUGGGCGUUUUGCUUUUCUCCCUUUUCUUUUGGCAUUUUGGCUUUGAAAGCCCGAGGCUCCGGGCUGGAGCUCUGGAAAUCGAAGCGUUAGCGCGGGACUUCCGGGCGGACCGGCGGGGCGGUGAGCCACCGAGCGCUCGGACCUUUGCGGAUGCUGCUCUCCGGCCAUGGCGAGAUGCUGGGUCUGCGCGGCCGGCGUCGCCCUGUUUUUCGCCUGUCUGGUGCUGCACUCGCAUUUCUGUGGCCCUGCGGUUUUAAGGAAACGCCCUUUUCUAAAGUGGAGAACGGAGAAAAUGCUUUAUCGCUUGGAUUUGGGUUGGCCUAGGUUUUCAGAAUACUUCACUGGCGUGACAUUUUGUGUUGCGGUUGAUUCCCUCAACGGGUUGGUUUACGUGGCCCAAAGAGGGGAUAACAUACCAAAAGUAUUAGUGUUCACAGAGGACGGAUAUUUACUACGAUCUUGGAAUCACACAGUUGACACACCUCAUGGUAUGUUCGCAUCCAGCACACCACUCGAACAAUCCGUCUGGAUCACGGAUGUAGGAAGUGGAUCCUAUGGUCAUACUGUUAAAAAAUACAAUUCCUUUGGUGAUCUAGUUCAAGUCUUGGGUACUCCAGGCAAAAAAGGCACGGCUUUGAAUCCCCUGCAGUUUGAUAACCCUGCAGAACUGUAUGUGGAGGACACAGAAGAUAUUUACAUUGUGGAUGGGGAUGGAGGAUUAAAUAACAGAUUGAUCAAACUGUCCCAAAAUUUCAUGAUCCUUUGGCUGCGUGGAGAAAAUGGAACAGGACCUGCUAAGUUCAACAUUCCUCACAGUGUUACACUUGAUUCAGUUGGUCGGGUGUGGGUUGCUGACCGAGGAAAUAAAAGACUCCAAGUAUUUGAUAAAGACACUGGAGAGUGGUUAGGAGCAUGGAGUAGUUGUUUCACAGAAGAAGGCCCCUCUUCAAUCAGAUUUACUCCAGAUGGGAAGUACUUGAUUGUGGCCCAGCUGAAUCUCAGCAGGCUGUCCAUCCUGGCGGCCCCACCCACCGGAAACCUCGGGCACUGUUCAGUGAUCAGCACCAUCCAGCUACCAGAUCAAGUUCUGCCACAUCUCUUAGAAAUAGAUAGAAAGACUGGGGCAGUCUAUGUAGCAGAAAUUGGGGCAAAGCAAGUACAAAAGUUUGUUCCUUUGAAUAGCCACGUUCCUGGGUUCAGUGUUUAGUCUUCUUUGUUUUUGCUUUUUUCUGGAGAUGAGUGGCAGUUAACAUUUUUGGAGUUGUUCCGUGUUUCAAAAUAAUGCUCAAAGCCGGGCGCUGGUGGCUCACGCCAGUAACCCUAACUACUCAGGAGGCUGAGAUCUGAAGUUCAUGGU